AUGGAAGACGAUUCUUAUUCUAACAUUGACUUGAACCUUAAGUCCACGGAGCCAAAGAAGAAGGCUAAGAAGCGGCAUAUGUUGCAAAAACCGGGAGAGGUCGCCAAGCCAGAGGGGAAACAAGCCAAACAUAAGAAGGAGGAUGAUGGUCUGUCCUCUAUUCAGCUUUUUAAGGAGAUUCCACAGAAAAUCCCCUUUAUGGGAAGGCCUAGGGAACAUACAAUUUCGGUUGCACUUCCAGCCUCUUUGGUUCAAAACGUUCAGUCUGAAGAACUUAGAGCCUAUGUUAUCGGUAAUAUCGCAAGAACUUUGACCAUUUAUGGCAUUAAUGAAGUUGUUCUUUACAAUGAUAUGGGAAAUGAGGGUACAAAGUGGCAAGAUCAUUUUGCACUUAAUUUGAGGUACCUGGAGACUCCACAAUACCUUAGGAGAUACUUGUAUCCGAUGAACUAUGCUUUAAAGUAUGCGGGAUUGCAGAAUCCGCUUGAUGCCCCUCAUCACUUACGAUCUAAUGAGUGGCUCCCAUACAGAGAGGGAGUAAUAAAGCUAAUUCCAAAGAGCCAGUGUGGAAAGCAUAACAAGUUUUUUGCAGAAUGUGGCUUGUUUAGAAAUGUUGAAAUAAAGAAUAUAUCCGCAUUGAGUAGUAUAUACGGAGUUGACCACGUCACGGAUGAUGGAGAUGAGGAAAUUUAUCAGAGGGUUACAAUUAGAUUGGAUGGUUCCUCCCUGACCCAGUGUAAACAGUAUUGGAAAAAUAACAAACUUGGUUCUACGGAUUCUGGUAAUUAUUCAUUAUCUGGGUACAUUGUGAGUCCUGAGGAGCCGUUGCAGAGAGCGGGACUUUAUUGGGGAUAUACUGUCAGAGAGGCAGAUAGUUUUGAGCAAGUUCUUGUCGAAUGUCCAUUUAAUGAUUCUGGUGAGUACGACUAUAAGAUUGGCACUAGUGAACGUGGUGAAUUGUUUGGUCCCAACACCAAACUUCCAAAGUACAAGAAUCUUUUGGUUGUAUUUGGACCCGUGAAUGGACUCGAACAUAUAAUGGAAAACCCAAGUGAUAAAUUUGACAAGUACUAUAAUUUUUGUUUGCAUCAAAAGUCAAGGACGAUAAGAACUGAAGAGGCACUUUCCAUAUCACUCGCUAUAAUGAACUUUGUAUCGCCAUACUAA